CUCAGCAGAUCGAUCCUGUCGGGAACAGACGAAGGUCGAGGAAUAAAACACUUCGUCGAUGUCACUGAAAAAGUCGCAAACCAGACCGUAAUUUGUAUCGAUAUUGAAAUCGGAUUUUGUCGCUAGUUUGUCUCGAUCUGAGAUUGCUUAAUACAAUCCAUCCGAGUGAAAACAAGAGCCCGUCAGCAAUACUGACUAUGGAAGAUAAUGGCAAUCCAACGAGAAUGACUAAAUAUUUAUUUCACUCUUCGUCUCAGGCGGAAGAUGUAGCUCUGUCCUCGGAUCAACAGGCUGUGAGCGAUGCUCAAGAGAGGGAAAUGAACAAAAGUACUCAAUACUUGACUUUACGAACCAAUUCAAAAACUACUUCGCCUUCGUCUAGGGGACGUACCUCUGCACCUGCAUCUCAACGCCGAUUAUAUAGUGGAGCUACAUACACACGAGAUAAACCAACUGCCGCACAAAGCAUUACAUACGAAGACAAUGAAGAACAACUUGAAACCAAAUCCAUGAAACUGAAAAGAAUACUAUAUGGAUCAUUGUCGUCGUCGUCGCUUGAAAAAUCUGUGAGACUACCCUCUUCGAGUAGCGUUAAUUCAAAUUUUAAUAAAAAAACGAAACAAGUGGAAAGAAAAGGCGGUUCGCAAGAACAUGAACUUUCCUAUCAACACCAAGCUGUAAUAGCCACGGCAACAUCAUCGACAAAAAAAUUUACAGACGGUCAUGGGAGGCCUUAUAUUGAUCGAAACUCAACACGAAAUACUGAUUCUCAGUCAUCAGAUUCUCGAAGACACCGAACGACACAAAAUAGAUGUAGCGCCGAAACACGUGCCUUGCGAAGAUCAGAGGAGCAACGAAACACCAAAAUGAUGCUGGUGAAACCACGAGGCGAUGUUGCAGAAUCAACUCCCAACAUAACAGUGGAAUCGAAACUCCUGGAGUCAUCUACUACAGAUUCUGGAAUGCUCCAUUCGUUUACAAGGGGUUCAAAGCUCGACAACAAGAAUAAAAUAGAGAAAAAAGAAUCCAUGGCAAGAAAGAAAAUAAUAGAUCGAAGAAGUGAGAAAAGCAAUCUUGGAAACAACAACAUGGGUGAUGAAUUUUGCUGGAUGCCCCCUGCCUUGACAAAUCCAAUCUGUUCAGACUACCGCUACGAUAGACCGACUGCAGAAAGUAAAAGGAAGAAAGACCCCGAUGCCCGAGAUUCUACAGGAGAAGAAAAACCAAAAUCUAAACCAUUUUUUGGGACAUCUACGUUACAAAACGAUAAGAAAUCAAAACCGGACGUAAUGAAAUACCAAUCCCAAGAAAACUUAGUAGACAAAAUCCCUCCUGUCUUCGAGGUAACGUUGACAGUACCACUUGAUGACGAUUCUACCCUCGGAACUGAGGGAACAUAUUUAGACCGUUUUCCGAAGAAGAAUAAGAGAAGCCAAGAAAAGCAAAGGAAAAAAAUUAAAACGCAACAAAAUGAAGCUAUCAUAAUUCAAGAAGCGGCAACAGAUCAACCGAAACCACAUGCUAUGGACAGCUGGUUGCCAGGUGGGGUACAAUCGACAAACUACGAACCUGAAAUACCAUUCAAAGAAACAGAAAAAAAGAAAAGACAUUCGCAACAGUCAUCUUCUCUCCGAAAAAAUAUACUUGAGGUCCCAGGUAACAGUGAUUACAAGCAUAUCAAAAACAUUGUUUCGAGCACGACCAAGGCUUCUUGGAACAAUGCAAUUCAGAGAGAUGACCCACCCGCGAAUGAAUACAUGUUUCCAUACGAUCCUAAAAAGUUGUAUCACCAACAAGUUCUACCUGGUCAAUCUGAUUCUGUAGAUGUUGAUACUUUCCACGAUGAUUCCUUUGAACAUUAUUAUUCGUCGGAACUUGGCAAUACGCCAGAAACUUCCAUCGCAGGUAGUCAUAACCCCCAACAAUACGUUCUCUCUUCAGCGAGGCCCCUUACAUCAUGGGUUCCUCCAAGUAUGGAGGGCCAAGGAGACGCCGUUGAUUUGAACCCUACCAGAAUAUAUGUCAACUCUAUCAUGACAAAAAAAAGAUCAAGAAGUUACAUAAACUCAUUGAUAGCGAAGAAAAGAUCAUGUUUACCUCUUUCGCAUUCAGCGGUUUUUGCGCAAAGAAGUUCUGGCGAGCCGCAUGACAAUGAGACCACGGAUCCCUCCCAAUUAUCAGCAAAUUUUCCUGACGAGGUCGGAGGCAUAACCGUAUCCGGAAACUCUGCACCACCAUCAAAUCCCACUAUUCAUUCAAGAUCUUCGAAAAAGAGCUUUGAAGACCCUGAGAUAUCAACAUCGGAAUAUUCACAAAAUACAAGUCGAGAAGGUUCUUCAUUAUCGAAGAGAUCAGGAAAAGUGCAUGACACUGAGCAGGGGUGGGAGACAUCUCAGAGUACUGAUGUUGUGAUGCCUAGACCUUGUACCACGUCCUCCUCACCUUGGUCAGCUGUGAAGGAAUCGUCCAAAAAAGGCUUUCAAUCCGAUUCAUACAAAGGAGGUAGAAAAAUGAUAAUUUUGAUUUGUUUGUUCUCAGUACUUGUUGUCGCUGGUGCAAUUGUUGUGGUGGUAUUAUGGAAGCUAGGAAUUCUAUUUGAUGACAGCACCUCCCAACCUGAACCAAAUGAAUUCUCCACACCUACUUCAAUAAGUCCAACGACAACCUCCACACAGGCUCCAAGUAUGGCUCCGGUAAUACGCGACAAUCCAUCGGCAUUCGCCCCUUCCCAGAACUACAGUAGCUCCCCGAUAAAUGUACCUUUGGUUGAAGAGUCGGAAAGGGGAACUGAUCUGUUCAAUCUUGUGGUUGAUGCAUAUCCACAGGGGCGAGCGGCGUUGCAAGCGCCAGAUAGUCCUCAGGGAAAAGCACUUCAAUGGCUGCUUGAAUCUACGGUAAAUGGUGAGACAUUUAUUGAUGAACGUGUCCUUCAACGCUAUGUUUUGGCGACCAUCUAUUACUCGACAAAUGGAGAUGAAUGGACGAAUAAUACUGCAUGGUUAUCAGAGUUGGACGAAUGCGAGUGGUGGUCUACAGCUGAGAAAGUUUGUGACGAGUUCGGAAGAUACAGGAAAUUGGAUUUGCAGGAAAACAAUCUCGUUGGUUCUCUUCCGUCAGAGCUCGUUAUUCUUUCAAACUCUCUUAUGACUAUUAAUGUGCGAGAUAAUGCAUUGUCCGGACAACUGCCGUCAUUGUUGGUUGCAGACCUAACAAAUUUGGAGGUAUUGGACCUUUCAUCGAACGCUUUCUCUGGUGAACUAUCUCCGCGACUGUUUGAUGCUAGAAAAUUGACAAGGCUUUCGUUGUUUGAGAACAUGCUCUCUUCAUUUAUCCCGGCGGAUCUUGGAAAAUUAACUGAGCUGUACGUGCUUGAUUUUGGAUCCAAUAAGCUCACAUCCACAAUCCCUACUGAGGUUGGUAAGCUUUCAAAAUUGACUGGCCUUUCUCUUUUCAAUAAUAUGCUCUCGGGUGCAAUACCCACAGAGAUCUUGGAGCUUCAAAACUUAAAUAUGCUGUAUAUUGAUUCAAACAACUUUGAAGCGAACGUUCCAGAGGAAGUUUGUCUCAUUGACCUUGAGGAGUUUUGGAGCGACUGUGAGGAGAUUCAGUGCACGUGCUGCACGACAUGUUGUAGUGACAAUUUUGGAUGCUUUGCCGCUUUGUAGAGCAAACUUUACUGAAGGUUGUUUUACCAAUUCCAUGCCCCGGGAGACAAGCAGCCUGCGCUAUUGGUGACUUUUCUGUCAUCUAAUGCACCAAAAAUGCGUUAGUAGCUUCCUAUAUUUGUGUAAAUUAACAAUCAGUACUUAUGCUUACAUGUUUCUUCAUUGUUGCAUAACAACUUUAUCCCAAGAUAUUGGUACUGGUUGGGACUCUCCUUGGAUGAACAAGUUCAAGGAGACUCUUUACAGCUGCAUCCAGACAGAAAAUGAAAAAGUAAAAAAUAGUAAGAGGGUUGUAGCAUCAGAUGCUCUUUCUUUUUAUUGCACAACUAGUGGUGUGGUCCCAUUUUGAAGCAGUAUUGGUGUUGAGCAUCAUUGAGACAGCUUCUGACAUUAAUUACUGGAAAUUAAUAGAUGAUGAAACUACUG